CGCAGUUGUUUCUGUGGAUUCUAAUUGGCCAGCUUUGCAGUGGGAAAAACAGGACACGCCAUAUUGACAGUUUUUGAAGAGAUUGCUACAUUUCUCCGGGAAAAUGACUAAAUAGGAGUUUUUUUUUUUUUUUUGUAUCAACGGCAGACUCUAAGAUGGUGCACACCGGGGCUACGGAAGUGACCUCCGUGGAGGAUUGCUCCUCCAAUCAGGGGUCUAGUGUCUGCCUGCGGAGUCGGUUGUGCUCCAGUGACAGAGACUGUCAGGUGCGGGCUUUCAGGGUGGCUCUUCUGUCCAAUCUGGGGCCCUACGAACCCCUUCUGACCUACCUGCAGUCUGUUCUGGUGUGGGAAAGACCUUUUCACAGUGUCCUCCUGUACAUUGUUGUCAACAUUGCGUUCUGGUUCUUUGCUCUGACGUCACUGCGUUUGCUGUUCCUGCUGGCUACUGGCCUGGCGGUGCUUGUAUUUGCAGAUACCUGGAGGAAUAAGAUCUGGCCAGUAAUUAGAGUCAGAAAGUUGGACGACUCAGAAAAUGAGAGCUGGGGACUGGUGCAGCCUGGCGUCCUCAGUGUGCCUGAACUGUGCCACCACUUAGCAGAGGCCUGGGUCAGUGCAUCAGUUUUCAAAUCCAGCAUGGUGCAAUACAAACGGCAAAACCCUGGCAAUUUCUGCAUCCUGAUCUGUGGAGUUUUCUCCUGUUUGGCUAUGAUUGGAUACUACAUUCCUGGAUUGGUGCUGUUUUACUCUGCAUUGUUGGCCACUCUCUUCACUCCGCUGGCUGCCUAUCACCGGGUUUUACAGCAUGUGUAUGUCAAGCUGGAGCCAGUCCUGCAGUGGCUAGACUUCAGUGUUCGUGGAUACAUGAUGUCAAAGCCCAUUGAUAAUCAAUUCCUGCGAAGACCCAUACGAGGUGCAGCCUCAGAUGACGCGAGUGACAGUGAGGAAGAGUUGGCUGCGUUUUGCCCAACAUUUGAUGAUGCUGUUGCUGCUAAGGAACUUUCACUGACCGACUCAGAGCACUCUGAUGCUGAGGUGUCCUACACUGACAAUGGAACCUUUAAUCUUUCAAGGGGUCAGACCCCACUCACAGAGGGCUCUGAAGAUCUUGACAGACACAGUGAUGCAGAGGAAUCUUUUGCUCAAGAUCUUCCAGACUUCCCGUCCAUAAAUCCUGAUGCCACUUUGAUGGAUGAUGACGAUGACACAAGCAUUGGGCUACCUAGUCUAGGCCUAUCUGGCCCAAUGAGUCACCGUGCUUCAGUGCUAGACGUGGAUGCACAUCUGGACUCCGACCAGGAGGAUCUGGAUGGAGAACUAUCCCUCAGCGGCUUCCUGCCCGCCUCGGAUUUCAGUGGGGAGUUAGCCGGAGCCAUUGCUAGCAACAUGAUCCAAGCGGCGCUAGCCGGGGCCAUGCAGCCUCAGCCUCCUGCCAUCCAGCGUAGACAAGCCCACCCCAGAGCCAUGUCCCACAGAAGCUACCGCAAACAGUCCAGCUCUGAGUUUGACACAGACUUGGAUGCAGAAGACUUUGAAAUGCUGGAUCAGUCUGAACUGAACCAGAUGGAUCCAUUUAGAGGAGGAGGGGGUGCAAGACGAGGCGAAAGUCAAGGUCCUAAUUUCUUAUCGAGCUUGCUCGGUAAGCCACAGUGAAAAGUGUGCUGUUGUGUGUGCGUCUUGAUAGGCCGUGUCUAAAAUGUUGACCAGCGUGGGAGACAACUUUAGGUUCUAGCUGCCCUGUUUGUGGUAGGCAACAACUCACUGUGAAGUAUUUCAUAUUUUUCCUGUUCAACUUUGAUCAGUGAGGACUAUUUUUCAUUAUAGGCUGAGCAAUAGGAAAUACAACAGCUAAAUAAAACAAGUUGAGACAUUUGAUAAAACAGCAUUGUCAAAGUCAAAAAUGACACUAUCAAAACUUCCAGGAGAGCCCAUUACAUUUUUUCUACUUUUCAAUCAAGAAAAACAGGGCUAUACAACACAGGACCAAAUAUGACAUUCCUGUUGCUUAAACUGUGCCAUGUUUAACACUGACAUUUUGGACACCAUUUAAUCUUAAUGUUCUUUCAGUUAUUGCAAUAGUCUAUCUUUCAAGAGACAUAAUUUCAUUGUAGUUUCUUAACAUGACAUGAUUACAGGAGGUGAAUUUGUUUGAUGUUGCAGGUUCUCGGAGCUUCAUUUAAGUAUUUCAAAUUGUUUUUCUUUUUUGCUGAUGCAUAUGAACACAUUUUCAUCAAAUGUUUUUAGGGGAGGCGGAAUUAUUUUAUCCCACAUUACAGUGUUAGCUGAGGCUGAGAAGCACUGCUAUGUUUUAUUCGUUCUAGUUACGAACUUUUGUCCCAGGGCUUGAAGAUAGUCACUGUUCUUGUGUGAAUAUGUUCACAACUGUUUUCAUUUUCCUGCCCUCUUAGUGCCCUUGUUUAAUACCUGACACAACCCAUCUGAAAAUAAUUUACACCAUGUCUUUGUAUUUUAAUUUGGAACCUUGUUUACAUCAAAAUUGUAUAAAAGUUGACCUCAUAUUUAAAAAAAAAAACGUUUGGUACCUAAAGGUUUAAAGUGAUUUUUUAUAACGGUCUGUGAUUUGUCUGUAUGUUGGAGAAAAUAUGGCACUUUAAACUUGAAUCAUUCACAGGGAUUAAUUGAAUCCUAAUCUUAAAUUUUGUUUUAAUGGGUAAAAACAUUAAUUGCUGUUUCUUUUUUUUAUUGUUUUAAUCCUGCGGAAACGUUUAGCACAAUUUGGGAAAAAACAAAACAAAACCGCUGGAUCCUCAUUUAUGAAACUGAAGAAGAAAAAUGAUGCACCGAUGGGUAGCUAGGGUGUCUUUUGGCUUGUUAGACUUGGGUUUUAAUGUUUCUCAAAGCUGCUCCAUUAAAGGUAAAUCGUCAAUUUAAAGUGUUCUCUAAUUGCUAAUUUAAUGUGCAUAGUAUUGUAUUUUCUUCUCCAUAUCUGGUUUUGAUAUAUUUUGAAGUGCAAAAAACAAUGAAUAAAAUGUUUGGAAUUAA